CUUGUCCUUGUCCUCCACCUCCUCCUUGCUGUCGCAGGGGUUUCUGCCCGAGCCUCUAGGCUUCCAUGAUGGAUGAGACUUUGGACGAACCUCCCACUUCCGCUGUCUUCUUAGACAACUGCCACUUCUCCCAGGUCAUCUUUAACAAUGUGGAGAAGUUUUAUGUUCCUGGAGGAGAUGUAAUCUGUUAUUAUACUCUCACACACAACAUAGUUCCUCGUGGGAAGGACUGGGUAGGCAUCUUCCGGGUGGGAUGGAAAACAACCCGGGAAUAUUACACAUUCAUGUGGGCUCCUCUGCCUGGUGAUGUCCAUGGUGAUACCACUGUGCAGCAACAGAUCCAGUUCAAAGCUUACUACCUGCCAAAGGAUGAUGAAUACUACCAGUUCUGUUACAUUGACCAGGAUGGUGUGGUCCGUGGAGCCAGUGUUCCUUUCCAGUUCAGAGCAGAGACUGAGGAUGAUAUCCUGGUGGUUACCACACAGGGAGAAGUGGAAGAGAUUGAACUACAAAACAAAAAUUUGCUUAAAGAAAAUGAGGAGCUGCAAGCAACCUGUGCAAAUCUCCAGAAACAAAACACAGAACUGCAAGAAGAGCUCAAGAAGACACAGGAGCUGCAGAAUGGUUUAGAAUCUCUUAGGAGUAGCACAGAAAAACUGGAGCUGGAGCUGAAUUCCCUGAAAAAGGAAAAUAAACAUCUAAAAGAGCUGGAUAAGUGCAGAGAGGCAGAACUGCACCUAUUCAAAGAGCAAAUUCAGAAUGUGACCUCUGAAAAGGUACACUUGGAAACCAGAUUGAAAACAGCCCUGGAUCACAUGGAUCAGCUGCAGUCUCAAGUGUUGAAUUAUGAGAAAGAAAUGGAAAACCUGGUUCGUAAGGACCAUAACAAGACUGAGCAGCUUGAAAGUUUAAAGGAAGAGAAUCGUCAGUUAUGCAUGACUAUAACUCAACAGCAACAGGACAGGGACUUAAUGAAAGAACUUGAAGAGCAGAGACAUUUGUUUCAGAUUUUGCAGGCAAAAAAGAAUGAAUCUGAUGAGGAAAAACAGAAACUGGGGGAAGAGAAUGAUACCCUUCUGAGGCAUCUCUCUCAGACUAGAGAUGUUUCUUCUUUCUCUGCUGUUUUGCAAGCUCAGGCCCCAGUUCCAGCUCCUGAAGCAGGAUGCCUUGUGUUUGGUAAUCCAUAUUAUGCUGCAGAAGCAAACCUGAAGUCAAGAGCUGCCAGAAUAGAUUCUAUAAGGAAAUGCCCCAUGUGUGAUGACAUAUUUCCUGAAGAUAUUGAAGCAAGUGACUGUGAGGCCCACGUGCAGAGCCAUCUUCUGGAGUGCCCACUCUGCAAUGAGACCUUUGAGAAGUCCAAUCAGCAGGUGUUUGAUGACCAUAUUUUUUGUCAUGACCUGGAAUAAUACUGAAUUCAUAUCUGUUCUGUAGAAUAGGUGGCAUAGGCCACAGGAUAGAAUAGAGCAAAAGUAUUCUAUAGACUUGAUUCAUACUAAUAAGAUCAACCUAACAAAACUGCAUAUGCUACUGGUGCUGUGAUUCUGAACUUCCUGUUCCAUGCAGUAUGUGCAUAGUUGGGUCAAACAUAAAUUGGGUCAAAUAUCCAUAUCCUGAAACUGAAUUGUCAUCAACUUAAGUCUUCCAUCUUGGAUCAAAUAUAUAUGCUUUUUAAAUGAGUCACAAAUCCUAUCGUUAGUAAUUUAGUUGAAUGUGGUACCAGUUCUUUAUAACGGGAUUGUCUAUGUAGCUGUUCAUCUAGGUAGGGCCAAAUAAUAGAUGUAAUGCAACAGUUUUCCGUACUUGGCUGAUAUAUCUCUAUUAUAACAAUUUUAUUCUUCAGUAUAGCACUGUGAUUGCUAACCAAAGACAAGAAACAUUGUGUAGUCUUUUAGGAUCACACCUUCAGGCCAGCUCAGCUUCUGGAAUACUGAUUUCAUUGCUAAUAAAUAUAAAAGUCUAAAUGAAAAUACAUUUUACUUUCUUUUGUCAUCAGUCAUAAAACAAGUGAAAUAUAUUUAUAAAGAGACUAAUUACCUGUUUCUAGAUCUAAAGGUCUACGGCUCUUCUUACAGCAAAGUAGGCAAUAUAGCUUGUAGAACAAGGUGCAUGCACUGUUUUCCCUUUUCUCUAUAUGACCAGACUUAAAGUGGUGAUACACUUAAACAGUGCUUGUGCAAUCGCUCUGACGCUGUCAUGAAUCCAUCUCAUAAUGAAGGAACUCUGAAAUCUGUGAAACGGGAAAGGUCAGCAUGGCAUGGAGCCCAUAGGAAAGCAGUAGCUAUGUUUUCUUAACAGUGGUGAGGAUAAAUGUCCUCUUAGUCUUGAAACUGGGCAUCCUCAUUUAAAAGAAGUGAUUAAUCUGGAUUAUUUCUCUUUUGUGUUUCUAAACCUUAUUGAUUUAAAAAGAAGAGCUUAUACUGAAACCAAAACAUUGAUUCAAAACUGCUAAGUGCCUUGGAAUAUUAUAGUACUUUGUGAAUAGAUUAUCCAGUUACUAUUUUUAUUUCUGCUUUGGGAUUUUCAAGUUAUGAUUAACAGUUAUUUAGUCUGUGCAGACAGGAAUGAAUGAAAUUUUAUUAUCCAGCUGUAUUAGACUGGAUUUCCUGCUGAAUAUCUGAAGCAAUAGAAAAUCCUAAGAAGUUUACAUAGAGUUUUAAGACCAUUAAGAGUAAGAAAGACUUCAAAAUGUUUUACUGUUUUGUUUAUACAUAUUUUUUUAUCAACCUAGGUUUAAAUAGAGUAUUUCUGUCCUUAAGAUGUACUAUACUGGAAAGCAUUAUUUU